UUAUUUGGCAACACUGUCUUGAAGUUUUAUCUGUGUAUUGUUGUGACUGGUGAUUUUGUGGGUUUUGAAUAUUUUUUAUCCAAAUUCUUCCACAUUGCGCUCAAUACAACUUGUGUUCAUAGCUUCAGCUCUGAUAAGCUCAGCUUAAUAAAUAGCAUAUGUUUUGAGUACUGUACGAUAAUACGUCAGAAGCUAUUAAGUGACUAUUUGUAUAACUAAAAUUCAACAACAGCUUUGAAAAUGUCACAUGAAUCUAAACAACCGAACAAUGGAAAUGAUGAACAAAGAACUAAUGGUGCGAAUGAUGAAGGUGACGCAUGGGGCAGUCAUGGAUCUUCAGAUAAACCACGAUAUGCAAAAAUGCCAGUAAACAGAAACGCACCCUAUUAUAAAAUGGACCACAAGCGACGCGGAGUUGCUAUUAUAUUUAACCACGAGUUUUUUGAUGUGCACAGCUUAAAGCCACGCACUGGAACUAAUGUUGAUAGCGAUAAUUUAGCUAGAGUUCUAAAAGGAUUGGGCUUUCGUGUCACUAUUUUCAACAACUUAAGAUUCCACGAGCUUAAUGCUCGUGUGCUGGAAAUUGCCGACAUGGAUUACUCCGACGACGACUGCUUACUGAUGGCAGUGUUGACUCAUGGUGAGAUGGGUAUCCUAUAUGCUAAAGACACUCAUUACAAAGCAGAAAACCUUUGGUACCACUUCACAGCUGAUAGAUGCCCUACUUUAGCAGGAAAACCAAAACUGUUCUUUAUACAAGCCUGUCAGGGUGAUAGACUUGAUGGUGGUAUUACAUUGUCAUCUACUGAGACUGAUGGAUCUUCAAGCACACAAUACCGAAUUCCAGUCCAUGCAGAUUUCUUAAUUGCGUUUUCUACAGUCCCUGGUUACUUCUCUUGGAGAAAUACAACACGAGGAUCUUGGUUUAUGCAAGCUCUCUGUGAAGAACUGCGUUUUUAUGGUACUGAGAGAGACAUCCUACAGCUCCUGACCUUUGUUAAUCAAAAAGUAGCUCUCGAUUAUGAAUCUAACACACCUGAUGUGCCAUCAAUGCAUCAACAAAAACAAGUUCCAUGUAUCACCAGCAUGUUGACUCGUCUCCUUGUUUUUGGGAAGAAGUAGGUGAUAAAUCUUUAUAUUUUAUAUUUGAACUAAUUUGUUAUUAAUUUUCUCUACAUUUUCUUACAUUUCAUUAGAAAAUAGUUCCUAAAUCCCACUUAUGUGUCCUUGCCAUA